GAACCGGAAGCGGAAGUGUGUGGCGAUGUCGGCGGCAGCGGGUCUUGGUGCGCUGCCCGACUCCCUCCUGCUGGAGAUUCUGGGGCUGCUGCCGCUGCACGAGCGGCUGCGCGGGGCCAGGGUCUGCCGACGCUGGUGCAGGCUGGUACAGGACAAGAUGCUCUGGAGAUUUGUGGAUUUAAUACCCUACAAGCUCAGCUCCAGGAUCCUGUGGCACCUGCUAAGGCAGUACCUGCGCAAUAGCCUGAGGGUACUGAAAGUGAGAGGAGCUCUCUACUCAAUGAGAAAGCAUGAGUUCCUUUCCCCAGCAUUGCUGCAGGCACUCGGAAAACAGUGUCCCAGCCUCUAUCACCUUUGCUUGACCCAGGCUGACCUCCGUCGGCUCCCAUAUGACUGUAUACCAUCUUCUCUAAAGAGCAUGAAGCUGAGCCAGUGUGAGAUCCCUGCUGUGUGGUUCCAAAGAUCUGCAUCUCCAGAGACUCCCAGAGUCCUGCCACAACUGCAGCAUCUCAUGAUCCAUAACGUGUCUGCCUUUUCUGAUCAGCAUCUGCUUAACGUAUCAUCUCAGACCAGCCUAAGGACGCUGACCCUCUCUGGAACCUACCGGCUGACGGAUGCUGGAAUUCAGAGAGCAGCCCCAUAUCUGGAGGACCUGGAAUGCCUGGUCCUGCGCAAUUGUGUCAUUACAGAUGCUGCUGUUCACUUCAUCGGGCGUCACAUGAAACAGCUCCGCUCUUUGGAAUUCAGCAAUACUUGUUCCUUAACAGAUGCAGGCCUGGCUUGUUUAGCAGCCUUGAAGUGCUUGGAAACCCUCCAUCUCGAGUCCAGGGUUAAGCUUUCCCCUGAUGCCAUUGUUGCUGUGUGCCAGGCACUCCCCCAGUUAAGGAAUCUCAAUUUAGAUGGGAUUGACUUUGAAGACCAGACAGUACAUAAAAUUCAGGCAAGUUUGCCCAACUGCCGUUUCUAAUGUGCUUCCUGACACACUUUCUGAGACGAAAUGUUAACAAUGGGGGGAAUUGUAUGGAACACAUGAGGGUGAGAUGUGGGGUGUUCACCCCCCUGAAAUAACUCCCAGAAUUGCUUCUUCUGGGCAGGGUUGUACUCCUAGUGGCAGUUGCAUUUAUCUGUCUGGAGGCAGAAUUUUCUCUGGCUAAAACAAUGAGGUGAGCAGUGUAGGACGAGGACCAUCCUGACAGCUUGUAUCACCUGAACACAGGCCAGCAGAAAUUCAGUUCUGCAAUUUGCUUGGCUGGGCUCCUGAAGUGAUCUCUCACCAUCUCCUACUAAGAAAAUAACAAGGCCCGAUGGAAAGAUGACAUAUGAGGACCAGUGGCCCUAUGAGCUUAUUUAAAUUAGAUGCAGUUUGGCAGCUGGGGGUUCUCUCACGUUUAACCUCGUCUCACAUUAAACAUCAGGCAACAGGUGAAUUAUCCCCAAGCACAAGGGAGCAGGUCAGCUGUCAUCUUGAUGCACAGAAGUGUUUGGCUGCCCAGAUCUUGGACUCUAGAUAAAAUUUAACUCAGGUCAAAAGGCAUUAACCACAUUGCUGUGCUGUGAGCAUACUCCAAAACAUCCAUAGUAGGAAGUGGACAAAGGAUUGUGCAAACACACAUUUUAAAUGCAGGGAACAGAACCUUUAAGGGGAAAGAACCCAUCAUGUCCAUUUCACAAACACAGACACCAACCAUGUGCCACACAGGUCAGUGAAUAUGCGACUGUGAUUGUGUCCUGUCCUGCAGGAUGGAGUGGUGGGGGUUCUGCUGCAACCCAAGGAUACGUGGAAUGUGGGGGGAGGGGGAAGUAUAAGGAAGUCCUGGAAUGCAUUUGUCUGUGUGCUGCACGGGGAGGCAAACACACAUCUGUUCAGCCUGAAGUUCAGUCAGAGAUCGCAGCAUGUGUGUUUGCUCCUUGAGCAGCACCAUCAUCUCUACCUGUCCGUUUUUCCUGUCCUUGCUAUCGCUCUGCAUUCUGUCCCUGAACGUUACCCUCCAAGCCUGGAAUCUGACACAGCAGAACCUUACAGGACCUCCUGCAACAUGUCUUCCCUUGUCCUCUUCUUUCUCCUGCUUAUCUGGGCCAGCCGCUCUUUCAGGGUGGAUGGAGAGACCGUCAAGGCCACGUUUGCAGUUGCAAAAGAAACAGUGGAUGGAGGUACUAUUGUGAUUGCAUUCACGGCCCCACAAGUUGCAAGUACAACAUUCUCCCAUCUUCUUGGGAUCCAUAGAGCUGGGCAGCAGUCCCAGGUGUGAUGAGUACGUCCGGGGGUCGGAGUGAGUUGGGACAAUAACUUGGGGUAGCUCACGGGCUCCAGUAUAAGCAGAUGGGGCAGUUGAGCUGAAUACUGUCACCGUUUCCCACAGGCAGUUGAGACUUUAGCAUAUAUCUUGCUCCUGAGGGUAACGGAGGCAGAAAGGAAACGGCUCCUGCACGCAUCCGGCUGCUGUUAAUCCGUGUGCUGCAAUGAUGCCUGCCAAAUCAAUUGCUGAGUGUUGUAGGAAAGUGUCCUAGUAAGGCAGCCCUUCCCAGAAACCUUCAGCAGAGGAUUGCAACCUACCUCCAGAAAAGUUUCCUUGAGAUCUCUGGAAAAUGCACGGGACAUCCCGGUGCACAUAAACAAACUGUUCCGCAGGGUCCCCUCUGUCUAACUGUAUAGGGGAAUGAGAAGCAGAUAGCAACUCUACCUCUAUUGGUUAUUUCAUUAUCUCUUCUAACCUGAUUAAAAACUUGAACAGAUGUGCGCCUGCAAUACUGAAGCAAAUGUCCUACUUACCAGAGGUUCCUUUCCCUGAAUCAGGCUUGCCAGUGCUGGAUGAUAGGGACUGGCUCAACUGCUUCUGUAUCAGGAAGACACCACUGGAUCCCCCAAUCACCUGUCCCCCAAACCCCUCCUCCUGUUCCUCGUCCAACACUUUGUAUUCAGGGUUCAUGCCAGUGGUGCAUGACUCUCACUCCUCCGAAGUAUCCACAGGGCCCUUGGGGGGGUGGUGGGGUUGCCACCAAGGAUGCCAUGCAGCUCCUUUAGAAGCAGCAUAUCUGCGGCUCUGCACCAGAGCAACUGUUUGCGUAACUUGCCUUCUGGUGUGCUGCCGCAGCUCCUUGAUUUUCAUGUGGCCCUGCUGCGGUUCCCUCUUGUAGCCUUUCUCCACCUUGUCCCAAGCCAUCUGUCUGUAGAUAUCUACAUUUCUAUGGCUGGAUUGGAGCUGUGCCAGCACAGCUGCUUCUCCCCAGAGACCCAGGAGAUCCACCACCUCCUGUGUACUCAAGGCAGGAAUGUGUUUGCUGUGUGGAACCAGCAUGGUCAAUUGGGCAGACACUAAGUGAGCUCUCCAAACAGGAAAUGAAUUGAAAAGGUAUGUGACGAGUACCUGGCCACCGGACAGUGGAGUUCAAAACAGUGACUAGAGUGGUAGUAUUGUGGGACACCUCCUGGAGGCCAUUAAAGUUGAUGUAAUUAACACAGUACACUGACACUGUAUUGGUAACUAUGUCGACUUAUGUGCUACGUCUCUUGUGGAGGUGGCAUUAUUAAGUUGACGUAGCGGGUGAUUUACUUUGUCAGGAACAUCAUCAUGGGGUAGAUGCUGACCGAAUAAGAUCGACGUAAGGCACCUUGCAUUGAGCUAACUGUAGCAUAGACCAGACCCAAAUGUAUGCUAAUAACUAGAGCGUAGAUCUCAGGUAUUAUAAUUGAGUAAUAUUAGCAGACCACCAGCAGCCAGAUCCUGCACCUGGUUUGUUGGGUUACAUUGCUGUGCAUGGCUGCUUGUGUCUUCCAUUGUUUAAAUACUCCGUCAUCUUCACCCGCUGUUACAAAGCCCUGAGUUUGUGUUAGCAAGUUUUCGCUGACAUUAAAACGGUGGCUGUUAUGAAGUUUCCAUUCUGGGACACGCUGAGGUUUUGAAUCUGCUGAGUUGUUUUCUGUAAUCAAAUGUAAAAUUUAUUUAUAAAAUAAAAAUGCCUUUAGAUCUAUAAAGUCA